GACUGUGGGAUGACCACUGAAAUUGUGAAUUUCCGUGGGGCGGCAAAUGCAACCACGCUUCUUUGAUAUGAUAAUAUGUAAAAUAAUAAACAAAAGUAAAUUAGAGAUGUUGCCAAUCUUGAAGCGCACAUUUUAACUCACAAUUUAAUAAAAUAUUACGAGAAAUUGUACUAUAGAAUUCAAUGAAAAGGCCGAUAUUCACCGCGUGCGUUAGAGAUUUUCACGACGUCCGCAAUAGCGUGCGAUAGCAUACGGGCUGCUCAGCCUCGUUCGCGCUAUCUAUUUUUUUUUUUACACUGCAUUCGUACACACACGUGUACGUGCAGAAUCCACAAUAACAAAGAUGGAUGUGACUUCGUCUUCAUCGGAUUCCGACAACGAAGAUGACAUUGUAUCACCGUCGCCUGCCUGCUGCAUGCAUGUUGUACCCCAUGGAAAAGGGAAAGUUUCAUUUUUUCAUGAGAAAAGCUGGUCUAAAUUCAAGGAUUGCUGUGUUCGAUGGAGUCGAGUUGAAAGUGCCGAAACAAAGGUAGCUAUUCGUGCUGCGGAGAAGUUUGGGAUUGACCUGCACGGGCAGGAGCCUCACCGGCAGCAAGAUCAGGAUCACCAUGAAAGUUCACCUUUUCCCACUCAAGCCUCGUAGCAUCGUAGGUGCUACCAGCAUUUUUGCAAUGUUGGAAAACUUGUCAGGGCAGAGAUUAGAAUGGAAAAACGAAAAGCUGAAGAUGCAGAUGUGGAAUCGGCUGAAGAAGGCAGUCUUCAUUCUGCACCUCCAAGAAAGAUGCUGCGAUCGAGUCUUUCCCCUACGAAAGGUCGGCAUGUCCUGCCAGCAGAAUGCAUUGUAUGCAGAAAGAUUCAAUGGAAGACUAGUAAACUUACAGGCAAGAGAUUCAAGGUCCCCGUUUCUAGGUGCGAACAGGUUUCAGCUACAAAGUUCCUGAAGGCAGCUGAGAUGCGGCAACACACCCGCAUCCUCAUGCAGAUCCGCGGAAAGGAUAUGGUAGCUAUAGAGCUACAAUAUCACAAAAGUUGUUACCAGGACUUCACCUCCUGUCUGCGCCGAGCAGAGAGAGCUGCCACAAGUACCGACACUGAUGAUCUCUUCACUCCCACUUACAACUGUUUGUGUGAUCUGAUAAGGAGGAGGAUUGUGAAAGACAAAGAGGUGCUCAGACUCAAGGACUUGCAUCGUUCCUUCGUUAAGGCAGGUUUGAGAAAUGAAGGAGUGGACUUGUCAUCAUACCAGACCAAGAAACUGAAACAGCGACUACAAGUAACAUUCCCUCAGCUCAUAUUCGUGUCCCCGCAGAGACAGAAUGAAAGUGAGAUUGUGAUGGUUGGUGACAUGGAGGCAUCAUCACUUGCUGAGCACGCUGUACAGCAAGAUCAAGCAACUAGCACUUCAUUCAGUGAAGAGUCUGCCUCAGAUGAAGAAUCAGCUGCCAUGUCCAGAUCAUCAACAAACCCAGGGCCCCAACAACUAUUAAUGCUCUACCAUGCAUCCCAGAUCCUGAAAGCUGCUGUCAAAACUGCCUGUACCAGAUGUAAGGAGCAAGAGCAGUGGCCCCCAACAUCACCUGACCUGACCCCAGAAGCAGCUAAAGAAGCAAUCCCUUCCAUACUGUUCAACUUUCUCUCCUGGGUUGUAAACUCGACUAAUGAGCCAGAGGUCAAUAAGCUUGUAGAUGUAAGUGUAGAGGAUGAAAGAAAGUUAUUAUCUAUGUGUCAGGAUGUUAUGUACAUGUCUUGUAAAGGUAGUAUAAUUCUCCCCAAACAUUCUUCUUUAGCCAUGACCGUGAGACACAUGACCGGCUCUGCAAGGCUGAUUGGAAUACUCAAUGGGUUUGGGCAUUGUAGCAGUCAUUCCAUGGUACUUGAGCAUGACACUGCACUUGCAGAACAGCAGCUGAAUAGAGGUGAAGAUGUGCUCCCUGAAGGUGUCAAGCCAUGCCUUACAACUUUGGUGUGGGACAACAACGACUUCUCUGAGGAAACUCUAUCAGGAAAAGGCACGACCCACAUAACAACAGGCAUCCUCAUUCAGCAUCAAAAGCAUGUCCCUGUUCCUGAUCAAGAUCAAGAUAAUCAAACGCACAAGCAGAGCCUACCAAGAACACACAAGAGAUCCAUCAAAACACCCACAGCAGACUUGACCCCAUACUUCGGAAUGCUAAAGAAUGGGCCUGAACCAUUUGGACAGCAUAUUGCUGUAAAGGAGGAAGUCUAUCAUGAUAUCCAGGAGAAGCCAAGGAAACUGGAUUCUGCAUUUAGGCUGUCAAGGAUACCUCAUCGUUUCGGUAGCCUAUUACCAAGCUGGACAGGUUACAACACACAACUAAGCUGUUCCACAAAUUUGGCGUCCAACAUCUUCUAUCUCCCAUCCAUUGAUGCCUCCCCAACUCAAAAGGAUACGAUCAAUACCAUACUUCACAAGAGUGUGAAGAUAGGCACAAUUUUGCAACAGGAUACAGUGGUGAUAGUAUGUGACCAAGCCAUCUACAGUAAGGCUCAGCAGAUAAGAUGGAAGGAUCCACACCUCUCUGCAAGGACUGUUGUAAGAAUGGGAGAUUUUCAUACUACCAUGAACUUUCUUGCAUGCAUUGGUAAACGGUUUAAGGAUGGCGGUCUGCAAGACAUCAUAAUUGAAAGUGGCCUUAUUGCAACAGGUUCAGUGAAUGGUGUGUUGUCAGGACAUCAUUUCAACAGGAGUCUUCGCGCACAUAAGCUUCUCUGUGAAGCUAUGGAACGCCUGCGAUGGCUCAGUUUCAUGAAGACUCUUCCUGAUGAGCAGCAGGAGGAAGCAUCUGACGUUCUCUUGAAGAUGCAUACAACUUUCCCGUCUUCAGAUCACAGGAAAGUGAUUGAGGGUGAACAGUUUGAGGCCCUGCUUGAUGAGUACUCCCUCUUCAUUGAGACUCAGUCCUCAAGACCCACUUUUGCAUUCUGGUCCUCUUACAUCGAGAUGGUUGAGUCAUUGCUUCUUUUCAACAGAGCAACAAAGGAGGGCAAUUGGCCUCUGCACUUGUCUGCAGCCCGAAGUCUUCUCCCUUGGUUUUUUGCUUAUGACCAUUUGAACUAUUCUCGGUAUAUGUCUGCAUACUGGCUUGAGAUGCACAUGCUGCCCGUGACUCAUCCUUCAAUAGCUGAAGCAUUUCUUGAAGGUGAUUUUGUGGUUCACCGCCAAACUGCCCACGGCUUUUCAGGAAUAGCAGGUGAUCAGAUGAUAGAACAGACUGUCAACAGGGAUACCAAGUCAAGAGGAGGAGUCAUUGGAUAUAGUACCAGUCGGAGCUAUUUCCAUCGAUGGCUGCUUUCACAUCACCUUAAAGCUGCCAUUCAGCGGCAGUGUGAAGAAUUGGCUGGGAAGUCGCCUUCUUCAACAGAGUUGAAAGAUCUGCAAGCCUCCCGUGUGAAGAAGGACAAUAGUGACAUACAAGCCAUCUGUGACACUAUACAUAGUAUGGUCAAUCCAUUUGAGAACCAAGGAAACGAUCUUCUCCACAUUUCAUCUGGGGUCAUUGCAAGUGAUGCAUUGAAGAACGACCUCCUUCAGGCAAAGUCUUUGGGACAGGCUGCUGCGGAAGUGUUCAUAACAGAACGUCUACAGCAAGGGUCUACAGAAUUCCAUGCACCUUUGAAGCAGCAGCAGCUCAAGACUUUCUCCAAAGCAACAUCCAAGCCAUCAAAAGGAAAGGUUUCUCAAGGAUUGUUAAAACAAGAUCGGAGUUUAUUUGCCAGGCUAGCAAUAGUUUCAAAAGACAGGAAGCUUGACCUGAAGGAGCUGAUGGUAUACAAUCUCAAUGAAAGUCCCUUGGCAUUGUCAAAUGGAUGUGGGGGGAUGGUGAAAACCAAUAAAGCAAGCCUGAUGCGACACCUAGAAUCUUCAGUUCAGCCUUCACCAGUUCUCGAGUCCAUUCCGAAACAUGUGGUGUGGGUUGUGGAUGGAAUGGCUCUCAUCCAGGAGCUUUCGAGUAGGAUAAACUCACUGUCAACAUUUGGGGAUUUGGCAACAUGCAUUCUUGAUAAGGUUGUAACUUUGGCCACGAACAUGUAUUCGGAUACUGUUCAUCUUGUAACAGAUCGAUAUCCGCCCGUAUCCAUCAAGAAUGCUGAAAGGGGGGCAAGAGCAUCUGGAGGAAUGCAACGGAUAACGAUUUUCAGUGUGGACCAAGCCAUCCCUUCUCAGUGGAAGAAAUAUAUGACACACAGUCAAAACAAGGAAGAACUUGUACAAUUCUUAUUUCAGACUUGGUCCAACACCCACCCAGAUAAGUUCAGAAAUGUCAAAGUGUUCUUUGCACAUGCGUCACAAUGCCAUGCCUUUUACAGCACAUCUGGUAAGCUUGUAGUGGAGGAAGUACCAGAAUUGACUGCAGAUCAUGAAGAAGCUGAUACCAGACUUCUUCUCCACUGUGAAUAUGCAUCACAGCACCAGGCAUCAAGCUCCCAAGUAACCAGCUCAGUCAUCAUUAGAAGUCCUGAUACCGAUGUUUUUGUUGUGGCUGUAGGUCUUUCAGGUGUAAUGAACAGCAGAGUUCUCUUUCACACUGGUAGGGGGAACUUGUCUCGUACAAUCGAUGUAACAGCAGUCCAUAAUCAUUAUGGCAAAGAUGUUUCUGAAGCUCUCAUUGGCUUGCAUAUCUUCACUGGCUGUGAUUCCGUCAGUGCAUUUUACGGCAAAGGGAAAUCGAAAGCUCUGAAAUUGAUGCUUUCUGAUGAAGAAUAUCAAUCCACAUUCAAAAGUUUGGGCCAGUCUUUUGAUGUGUCUCCACAGUUGAGUAAAGGACUUGAGCAAUUCGUCUGCAGUCUCUACUCGGGAAAGCAGGGUUUGGAUGAUGUGAAUUUGCUUAGGUACAACAUGUUCCGGAUGGAUUGCAAGUUUGAAUCAUCGCUUCCUCCGAAUCAAGACUCUCUUCUGUUACACAUUAGAAGAGCAAACUAUCAAGCUGCAAUUCACAGAAGAUCACUCCAGCAAUUUAUCGGGGAAGGAAACCCGACAGAGCACGGCUGGGUUAUGGAGAAUGGAGAGUUGGUCAUCAAGUGGAGCACUUUGCCACCGGCUCCCAACCACCUUACCGCUGCAGUCAAGUGUAAAUGCAAAAAGGGAAAAUGCCACACUAAGCAAUGUGAGUGCGUAAAAAACAAGAUCACUUGUACGGAUCUGUGUAAGUGUAUAGAAUGUACCAAUCAAGCUGCAGAAAAAGAUGCAGAAGAUGAUUUCGGAGAUGAUGAUCUCUCUGACUGGGAAUAGGCAUUUGGGUGUGAAGGUGCCAUGAAUAAACUAAUGAUUUGAGGAGCAGUCAAGUUGUAUUCAUGAGUUCAGUAAAGGGAAUGAUCACCAUGUAAAAAUUCAAAUGAAAUGAAGUCAUCAAUCAAGUUAUUUCUUCUUCAAAUUUAAUGCAAGAAGUGAAUAACAUUUAUCUUUCCUGGAAAUUGUCAAGGAAUGAUAUUAGUUUUAGUGUUACAUUUUGCAAUGUUAAAUUAUGAUACAUAAAACAUGUAAGAAGGCUUACACAUGUACAUUCCCAGCAAAGACUGAUUGUAUUUUGAUUCUGAAACAUCUAAUAUACUGUUUGUGCAAUCUUCCUAAAUUGUGUCAGUGUACAUGUAUAUGAUUGAAAUACAAAACUUAACAAUAUUUGGUAUUCUAAAGAUGCAAGAAAGAAAAAAAGAAAAGAAAACAAUAUCUUGGAGAUUAAACUUGUAAUUUCUUGUAUAGUAUUAUAUUAUCUGAUGUUGUGCAGUUUCAUCCUGUUCUAGUAGAAAAGUCGUGCUACGAGUGUUUUUUUUUGACAGAGCAGAAAGGUUUUAUUUGGUUUUUUAUCAUGAAUAUGGUUACCUACAUGUACUACAUGUAUUUACAUAACUAUCAGUCAUUAGUGAAGUUGAUGAAAGAGUUUUAAGAGUGAAAUUCUAAUUUUAGAAUAUCACAAGAAGACGACAAAUCCUUGAAGAUUUAGCUCAUACAAUUAUUUUGUUAAUAUUUUUGUAUAGUUAUAUAUCAAUAUGAGCUAUCGUGCGCAGAGUGUCGUCCUGUUCCAGUUUUAAAGUUUAGCCUUAGUUUUGGUUAUUUCUUUUUCUUUUCCUUUGACAGAGCUCUGAUACUGUUCUAGGAAGUAGAAUAUUUAGUACUUCAUGUUUAUUGUCAUCCUUUACAAGUACAGUAAAGUAUAGUAUGUGUCUUAUAAAAUGCAGGAUGCUUUUCAAUGGAAUAUGUGUAGUGACUAAAAUACUGCAAAAUGAUAUUUUAGAGAAGUCAUUCAGAUUGGCUUACUAGUAUUCUGUUUGCUAUAAGAAGAAAUUUUGUCUUUUCAUUGUUUAUCACAACUAUGAUUAUGGACAUUACUGUCAUUUAGUGAAGUCGGUGAAAGCAUUUUAAGAGUGAAAUGCCUCAAUGAAGAUGAGAUAUUUUUUAUUUUCAUUACAAAUACAAAUGUAUGAUAUUAUAAACCAGUCACACAUUGCACAAAGAGCCCCAUGGCUGUAAAGUACAUUAAUUAUAUAGUGAUCCUUUAAAUACUACUUUUAAAAUAUUUAAAGAUGUUAAGUGGUUUUUUUCUUAAUGAUAAACAUGUAAUUUAAAUUUUGAUCUAAUUAGAAAACAUUAAUCCUGUGUCAUUAUGAUGUCAAGCUAAUAUAUUAGUAGAAUUCUACAAGCGUAAAUAUGCCAUUUAAACAUGGUCUCAUUUUUGCUCUCGUUCUUCCAUUCUACAAAUAAGUGAAGCAUUUUGGAAUUUAAUGAUAUGAAUAUACUGUAAGAUGCUUAUCGAUCAUUUAAAUUACUUAAGAUACCGGUGAAGUUGUUGUUUCAAAGAAAUCAGUAUGUAGGUGUAUCAUCUCAUUAUACUUACAAACCAUCAUACGGUGAUAGAAGAAAUUAAAGUUCAUGUACAUACUGGAGUCAUAAAACCCAAGAUUAAAGAAAUGCAAUGUACCUAUUUACAUAAUGGUUUAUCAUGAAUUACAUGUACAUCAUUAUAGUAUAUAAUUUGAAGUCAUCAAUCAAAUUUAUAUAAAAGUUGAAUGAACCAAAA